AUGAAAGGCCUUUUUACUUCUUUAGGGUCGAGACUUUUCUUCAUCGCAUUGGCUUGUGGUUUACCGGCUGGUAAACCCCACGCAAACGCCAAUGGACUCGCUGACUCGAACGAUGAGUACAAUCCAACAGGGUCUACAAGAUGUUCAAGUACAUCUCCUGGCGCCUCUGAAGGAACCAAUACUGGAAAUCCAACUGCUGUUCUUCCUGAAGUGACAACCCCAGCAUCUACACCAGAAGUAUCUGGUGAAUACGCUGACGAAACUUUGGUUUGGACAUUGACAAUUCCAAGUACUUACGGGCCUCUCAAGUCGGUCUCAAUAACAGCAGAGAAAAAGCCUUACAUCAGAGACGAUUAUAAUUUCACAAACGUGGAGCUAAUAAUCGAUGGUAAAAGCACAGAAGAGCAUCUUUUCACAAACAUAACGGACGAUCAAGUAUACGCAAAUUAUUCAGGUGCCUUUGCUGAGCAAGAUGGAUCUUUUGUAUUAAACAUUUAUGCAGAUCCAUAUGCAGAGUAUGAAUGGAGUGCUAUAGUCCAGGUGAUGUUCAUUUUGGAAGAUGGCACUUAUGAGUAUAUGUAUGCAAACGAGUUAAGAAUUUCAGCACCGGAUAUGCCGUCAACAACUUCCAUGCUUCCAACAGCAUCUCCAGUAUUGUCUGGAUAUUACGUUGAUGAUGAACUCACUUGGGAAGUGGAGUUCCCGGGAGCAGCAGGCAUAUGGACAUAUGUGAGCGUUUGGUUAACCCGCAAUGGAACUGAAUAUGAUGGAUAUAACUUCACAGAUGCAGCUGGAUACAUUGAUGGUGUUGAGGUGAAGCAAUUUAGCUUUUACUUAUAUGGUCCUUCUACUGGUCGUGCAUAUUGUUAUGAAAAUCCAGAUGAAGAUGGUAGCUUGAUUCUCUUGUUCAACACGGGAAUAACAAACGGUACAGUUUGGGUUGCAACAGCAGAUAUCACGGUACAAGCAAGAGACCAGGAAGGUUCAUAUGUGUGGCCAAAAGUUCGAGCAACUGUUACCUCAACCUCCGCGAGCCCAUCUUCUGCCAGUUCGUCAAGUGUGAGUUCAUCAAGUGCGAGUUCAUCAAGUGUGAGUUCGUCAAGUGUGAGCUCGUCAACUUCCAGUUCGUCAAGUGUGAGCUCGUCAAGUGUGAGCUCGUCAACUGCGAACCUAUCUUCUAAGAUUUCAUCUUCUAUUCCUCCUGAAAUGAGUAGCUCUUCCACUAGCAUGGAGACACAGUCCAGCAUUAGUGAGUCUUCAAACAUCGUCAGACCAACUUCUACGCCUAGUGCGAAUGAUUUUGAUCUAUCCGGUUUCCAAGAAGGAGAAGUUCCUAGCUACUCAAGUUAUGGUGAUCUUGUCUGGACUUUAACCAUUCCAGAGAACCUUGGUCCGUGGAUUUCACUUUAUGUCACCUUUUCCAACAAUGGUACUGAAAACAAUCAGUACAGUUACAACUUAGGUCUCGGGUAUAUUGACAGUGUAAACACUUUCAAUCAAAGCAUGUUGACACCUGACACCGUUGCUUUCCAAGUGCCAGGAAAUAUAUCAGAGACCAACAUUGUCAACUUUGCAGUAAGUGGAGAACCAUACCCUGAUACUUCUAUUUGGACCUCCAUAGUUACAAUAUUGAUGGAAGUUCCAUAUGACACCAGAUUGUCUAAGAGAUCAUCAUUCUUGGAAUGGACCUUAGAGGCAACGAUUGAGGGAAAUGCUACCAAUUCAUCAUCUGAGGCUUUGAUAAGCUCUUCUACGGUUUCAUCCUCUAUGUCAUCACUGUUAUCUUCAGAAGAAUCAGGUAGCAGCUCCGUGUUAGAGCCUUCUGGUUCGCCAGAAGGCUCUGUUUCAGAGUUAUCUGAAGAGACUACCAGCUCUAUCUCAGAAUCAGUACAAAGCUCAUCGUCUCAAACUUCUGUCUUCACUGCAGAAGCUGAGAUCACAUCAACCAGUACAAUUGAAGACAUUUCCACAACUGUAAUAACUGUCACAUCAUGCGAUGAAGAUGUAUGUAUUACAACAGGAGUGACAACAGGAGUAGUCAUUAUAACCAUUACAGAGAAUGGUAUUGUCUCUUCUUACACUACAUACUGCCCAACCACCACUGAAUUCGAUCUGAGAACCACCGUUAUUACAGUCACUUCUUGUGAGGAAGACAUUUGUACAAAGAUUCCUGUUACUACCGGCAUCACUACGAUUACAACGACUGAAAAUGGCAAGCUGGCGACUUACACUACUUUCUGCGAAGUUCCUCAAACUCCAAAGGUUUAUACCCAAGUGGUCACAAGUACUGUUGAGUCUUGUGUAGGUGAGACUUGCAGUGAAGUUCCUAUAACCAAAACUAUUAAAGUCACUGUUACAACAAGUAUAGGUGAAGGCAUAGCUAAGACCUCAAAAGCUAUUACUGAAACGGUUACGUUAGAAGAAGCCACUAUUACUAGGGCAUCUACUAUGGUUUCACGUACUGGUAUAAAAUCAGGAGAAGAAAUAACACAAGCACUGCCUGUUAGUACAAAGGCUUCAAUAACUACCAAUGUGGCUGGCUCUGGAGGAGCUACCACUUCUUCCAAUAUCGGCCUGGGAUCGACUGGUGCUAUGGGUACUGUUGGUGCUGCCGGUACUACUGGUGCUGCCGAGUCAGAAAUAGCUAUAACCACAUUUGAGGGAUCUGCGCCAUCAGUUAUAUCCAAUUCUAUCUUGGCCAUUGCUAUUUUUGGAUUAUUGUUAUUCUGA